AUGUUGCUGUUUGUGAUCAGCUUUGCAGCUUCAGUGUGCACCGGCGCUGCACGGCCUUCACCCAGCUCUCUGGAGAAUCAUUUCACCGCCGAGAAUGAGUCAGUGGAAGUACGCUCAGCUGCCAUCAAGAGACUUUUGGAAGUUUUUGGGAUGGAGGACCCCCCUGCUAUCCAUGGACGCAAGCAAGCACCUCAGUACAUGCUUGAUUUGUACAACACGGUGGCUGAUGUGGACGGUGUGACAAAGGACCCGUAUCUUCUGGAGGGCAAUACCGUGCGCAGCUUCUUUGACAAAUUGCGCAGUGAACAGGUGGAGUUCAGGUUCAAUUUGUCCACGGUUGCAAGCACUGAGAAGAUUCUCACUGCAGAGCUCCAUCUUUUCAAGCUGCGACCUCAGGCAACACUGACAUUUAACAGACACCAUUUCUGCCAGGUGAGUGUGUAUCAGCUGCUUGACACAAGCAAAAACAACAACACACAGGAGAAGAAGCUGCUGUCUUCUCGGCUCAUCCCAGUCCACUCCACUGGUUGGGAAGUGUUCACCAUUACACAAGCAGCUCGCUCCUGGAUGAACGAUGAAGGCAGUAACCUCGGGCUCCAUGUUGUGGUUCGGACCCUGGGAGGAAGCCAGAUGGACAUGAAGCUGAUCCGCUUUGCUUCAGGACGCAGCCACCACCAGAGCAAACAGCCCAUGUUGGUCCUCUUUACGGACGAUGGCCGCCGCUCUACUACUCUUGAAAGCAUAGACCCAAACGAUGCAGAAGCCACUUCCAACCUGCCCCAGGCCCCCAUGUCAGGUCCCCCCUCCCGCAGAGCUCGCUCCCUGGACUACAGUGAGGAGGAAGGCGCGUCUUCGCCCUGCCAGCGUCAGCCCCUCUACGUCGACUUCGAAGAGAUCGGCUGGUCGGGUUGGAUUGUGUCUCCUCGUGGCUACAACGCGUACUACUGCAAAGGCUCCUGUCCCUUCCCCCUGGGUCAGAACAUGAGGCCGACCAACCACGCCACCGUCCAGUCCAUCAUCAACGCUCUGAAGCUGAUCAAAGGCAUUAAUACGCCGUGCUGCGUGCCCGACAAGCUCUUCUCCAUCAACUUGCUUUACUUCGAUGAUGCCGAGAAUGUGGUGCUGAAACAGUAUAAUGACAUGGUGGCUGGAAGCUGUGGCUGCCACUGA